UUCAGUGAGCUCCUCCACCCACGUGAGCCACCUGGCAUUGACCAUAAUAGAUGGUGAUCCUGGAGGAAAACUUGGGUUGGGUCUGCUGUCUCUGGGCCAACGUCAGUCACGCAGGUGCCCGGUCCACAGUGUGCUGAAGCUUGGGCCCUUCCCGGAGCUCUUGGCUCCUGCACUGAGCUGUGUGAGCUCUUCUGCCCAAGUGGUCCCCCCGGCUUUGAGUGACAUAGAUGGUGGGCCUGGAGAAAGACUUGUGUUGGGUUUGCAGGCCUAGGGCCAGUGUUCAUCAGCCAGGUGCUCAGUCCCAUGUGCACUGAAGCUCUGACCCUGGUGCCCUGGUCUCCUGCACUCAGCUGUGUGAGUUCUUCCAACCAGGCGGGCCCCCUGGUAUUCACUGGCAUAGAUGGUCAGCCUGGAGGAAGACUUGUAUUGGGCCUGCAGGCCCCAGGCCAGUAUCUGUCAGCCAGCUCCUCAGCUCCCAGGGUGCUAAAGCUCAGACCCUUCCUGAUGCCCUGGUCUCCUGCACUGAGCUGUGUGAGGUUUUCCACCCAGGUGGGCCCCCUGGCAUUGAUCAGCAUAGAUGGUGAGACCAGAAGAAGAAUUGCAUCCCACCUGCUGUUCCUGGGUCAGUGGCCAGCAGCCGGGUGCCCAGCCCCUGGUGCGCUGAAGCUCAGGCCCUUCCUGUUGCCCUGGUCUCCUGCGCUGAUCUUGGGUGCAGCGUCUUGGGACCAAGCAAAGGAGAGGGCACCAUGUGGCUCCCGAUUGGCUGUGUGGCCGGCUCUGUGUCUGGGAGCCAGUGCCCGUCAGCCAGGUCCCAGACCUUGGUGCGUUGAAGCUCAGGCCCUUCCUGGCACUCUGGUCUCUUGCACAGAGCUGUGUCAGCUCUUCUGCCCAGGUGGGCCCUUUGGCAUUGACUUGCAUAGGUGGGUGGAUCCUGCUGGCGUCAUGGGUCAUGAGCAUGGCAGAGUGGGGUCACUGAGCAUUUCCUAAAAGUGUUGACCUGAAUUCUCACCGGUGAUGAGUUCUCUAGAAGGGUUGCUUCCUUGGGAAUUGGAUCCAAGGAGGAUACCUAUUCUGAAGCCCGGCAGGGGUAUUGCUGGUCAGGCAGGAAAGGGUUCAUUCAGCCCCACACAGGACAGCUCCCAGUUGAGACUCAGUACAUUGAUCAGGCCUUGAGGACUGCCCAGGUCACAUCAGGUGGUUGCAGGUGCUCUGGGGCGCUAUGGGGGACUCCCAGAGGCUUUCCAUCAGAGGACAGGGAUGGACGAUCAAGCCCAUGGGAGUCAUGCCGUGGAGUUUCAAGGUUGUACCCCCUGCCAUGCCCCUGAAUGGGACCAAUCCUGUUGAGCAAUGGCGCCUCCUUGAGUCUGGUGGUGGGUGGUGCUGUUUCCCUGGGGUUAGGUCAAGGCUGAGCUCUGGCCAGCACCUCUUGGUGCUGCAGGCUGGCCCUGAAUCUCAUGGGCUUUGGGCCAUGGGGACAGCUUGGGUCAUGCUUGGGAAGGUCAACCUUCCUAGAGGUUUAAUGGGGGGAAUGGUGUCUUCCUAAGGUGGGAAGGCUCCCUGUCCAGCAACCUAUCCUGGGAAUUUGCCACAUAGGCUAUUUCUGAGCCAUGGGGUCACCUCCAGGAUGGUGACUUUUGGGCCCAAGGAAAGGGGAGCGCACUAUGUGUCCCCAGAUUUGUUGAGUGUGGCCCGGCUCUGUGUUUGGGAGGUGUGCAGGGCAUGGAUGGGGACCCAUCAGAGAAACUAUGUGGCCCUGCAGCCCCAUGCUGUGAUUUCUGGUUCACACUGGGACAUGGGCAGGGGCAGGUGCUCGGCAGUGGCGCGUGGCAUUUGGACCAGCCUCCUGUUUGGCCAUGAGCUGGUUGGUGGCACUCGCCUAUGCCAAGUGGUCCCAGGGUGGCCCUGACCUCGUUCAGGGCAGCUGGCGGGGCAGUGGAGAUGCUCUUGGGACCUGCUGUAGGGUGCAGCCUGGGCUUCCUGGUUUUGGUGGCAGGGAGGGCCAAGGGUGCUCCGUGUCCGUGUCCCUGACAGGUCAGUGUUCCCAAUGGAUCCCAUCACAUGGGUGAUGGGUAUCCCCCACUCACCUUCGCCCAUGGAGGCAUGAGGCCCUAUUUGGACACAUGUCCUCCUCCUUUCCCCUAGAUGGUGAACCCAGAGGAAGACUUGCAUUGGGCCCAAUGUCUCUGGGCUUGUGUCCGUCAGCCAUGUGCCCAGCCCCUGGUGCACUGAAGCUCAGGUCCUUCUUGGCACCCUGGUGUCCUGCACUGAGCUGUGUGAGCUCUUCUGCCCAG